GCUCACUGAUGACGUCAUUACAUGACGUCAGCGUGGCCCCACUAGAUUAAUCACGUGUGGAAAAGACGGCUCCCAUUUGCCCACUUGCUCCCUUAGAGGAAAUUUCAAAGCAACUCAAAAUGAAUUAUUAAUAAUUAAUAAAAUAUUAAAAAAAGAAAAAAGAAAAAAGAAAAAAGAAAAAGAAAGAGAAAAAAAAUCUUACCACGGCUGCAUGAAAUUCCUCACUCUGUCCAGCUAUAAAAAAACAUCCUCAUCACCCCUCCAUUCCAAAUUCCAAUUCUCUUCUCUUCUCCAGAGCCUGAGAUGAAGGAAACCACCAUGGGUGAGAUUGGUCUUCCUCCCAUUCGUGAACAUUCAGAGGCCUCUAUCUGUUUUCCGGUGAGUACCUCCGGUGAAAAGCCGGUGUAUGGCCGGAGCUCCAGCUUCAACAGUCUGAUGCCGUUCUUGACGGAGAACUGGGGAGACUUGCCGUUGAAGGUUGACGAUUCGGAGGAUAUGGUGCUGUACGGUGUCCUCCGAGACGCCGUGAGUGUCGGAUGGACACCGUUCGGCCUGCCACCCCCGCCGGAGGUGAAGGAGGAGCCUAGGGAAGAAGUAGCGGCGCCGGCGAUGCCCGAGGUGAGGGCUGCGCCGUCGAGAGGGAGGCAUUACAGAGGAGUCCGGCAACGGCCGUGGGGGAAGUUCGCUGCGGAGAUUAGGGAUCCGGCGAAGAACGGCGCGAGAGUGUGGCUGGGGACCUAUGAGACGGCUGAGGAAGCCGCGGUGGCUUAUGACCGAGCAGCUUAUCGGAUGCGCGGCUCGCGAGCGUUGCUCAAUUUUCCGCACAGGGUCGGCUCGGGUGAGCCGGAUCCGGUGAGAAUCACGGCAAAGCGCCGCUCGCCAGAGCCGGAGCCGUCGCCAGAAAGUGGCUCGCCGAAGCGGCUAAAGAAUGGUUUGGCAGCUGAAGUGGAGCGAAGAUCCAAUGUGUUUCAGGUGGGGCAUCAGAUGGGUGCGUUGCCAGUUGGCGAGCAAUUAUUGGUCGUGUAAUUGUGAAGCGACGAUGAGCUGUGUGGGGAGGUUUUGUUUGGCUUUUAUGUGAAUACCAAAUACAGCGUUAGCUAUCAGGGAAAAUGAAGCCUGCCCAAAGUGAGAAGACUGUAAGGGGUUGUUUGGAUACGGGAAAUUUCAUGGAAAAUGAAAUCAUUCCAUUUCUGCUGUAGGCCGAAGUGGAGCAUUUCCACACUCCACUUCGACAGAUCCAAUAAAUGAUAGAAAAGUGACGAAAUUGGAAAAUAUGGCUACUUAUCCAAACUCUCGAGCAUAUCUGUUUUUUUAAUCCAAAAUAUCUUGUAUUAACUUUAUUCCGGCUUUUAUUUAUAAUUACUUCCACGAUUUUUUUGAA